CGCCACGAAAAUAAGAAACCAGUCGUUCGUUUGCACUGGCACGUUCAACAUGCGCGGAUCGCUGAUAAUAGCCCUCGCGGUCGUCUUACCGCUGUUGGCCGCCGACACUUUCGCGAUCGAAGGCGUCAAAGGCGGGCACCGUCACCAUCAAGGUGUCAAAGGUGGUCGACCGAAUCAGAACCUCGCCGUCAACAGCACCGUACAAUCUGGACUCUGCUACAAGACCAUUCCUUACGCAGAUGCGCUGGCUCUGAACUCCACGGGGCAAUUCCCUCACAAUACUCUUCCAUCGACGAACGGGGGCGAAGAGACAAACGGAUGGAUCACGAUUCUGGACUGUUGCGACGGGUACGAGCGCAACGCAACCUCCGGAGGCUGCGAUCCGCAAUGCAAGCAGGGAUGCUACGGUGGCAAGUGCAUGGCGCCGAACGUCUGCGCCUGUCCGCCAGGCUGGUUCCCUCAGGAGGGCGUCUGCAUGCCUUACUGCGAGCAAACCUGCCAGAAGGACGCGUACUGCUUCUCGCCGAACGUGUGCGCCUGCAAGUUACGCUACGAAGAGGUGAACGGCGAGUGCAGGCCCAUUUGUCCCGGGGGAUGCAACAACGGCGACUGCGUCGCGCCUCAGGUGUGCAGGUGCAAACCUGGCUACGCGCUUCAAACCUCCACGGAGACAUCGUCCCUCGAGUCCAAGAAGUGCGUGCCAAUUUGCCAGGACUGUCGCGACGGGGAGUGCACCGCGCCAGGGGUGUGCACGUGUCGCGAGGGAUACACCAACCUACGAGGUGACAUAGCAAGCUGCGUCCCUAACUGUCCCGAGGGCUGCACGGGUGGAGACUGCGUUUCUCCGGGUGUCUGCAAAUGCAAACCCGGCUACACCCUGGACUCCACGCGCAGAUGCGUUCCAGAGUGUCCCCGAGGUUGCAUCAACGGCGAGUGCACCGCUCCAGGUGUCUGCAACUGUGGUCCAGGCUACGUUCUCGACACCAGCAACAAGUGUAUCCCGGAUUGUCCCCAAGGCUGCGAGAACGGGGACUGCGUAGCGCCUGGUGUCUGCAGCUGCAAGCCAGGCUUUGGUCUAGACUCCACGCGCAGAUGCGUUGCGGAGUGUCCCCAAGGAUGCGCCAACGGACAGUGCAUCGCUCCAGGUGUCUGCAAGUGUCCUCCAGGAUACAAUCUCGAUCCAAACAACGCGUGCGUUCCGGACUGUCCCCAAGGGUGCGUGAACGGCGAGUGCACGUCUCCGGGAGUAUGCAGCUGCAGGCCAGGCUACACUCGCGACCACAACGGCAGAUGCGUUCCAUUGGAAGGGAUGUCCAGCACUGGGUCUCAGUGCAGGUUCGGUUGCGGGACGAACGGCACCUGCGUGGGCCCGAAUCGGUGUAUCUGCGACCUGGGAUUCCGCGUGGAUCCAGACACGGGCAGGUGCAUCCCGUCACCCACGUCGUUCGAAUGCAGAAACGGUUGCGGAUCCCAGGGGGUCUGCGUGGGUCCCGACUUGUGCAUCUGCAACUACGGGAUGCAGCCCGAUCCUGUCACCGGCAGAUGCCCCGAGCCUCAGACCAAUCCACCGACUUUCGAAUGCCGUUACUUCUGUGGACCUCACGGCAGAUGCGUUGAGAACAAUCGUUGCGCCUGCGAGGUUGGAUUCAUAGUCGAUCCCACCUGGGGGAUCUGCGUCCCCCAGAGGACGCAACAACCGAGCGAACCGCAGAGGAUACCUCAAACGUCUCAAACGUCUCAAACGUCUCAGACGUCUCAGACGUCUCAAACCGGCGAACCCAUCUGCGAGAAUCAGUGUUUGAACGGGGAGUGCACCGGUCUGAACCAUUGCACGUGCAAACGCGGUUACGCGAUGGAUCCCAACGAUCCCACACGCUCCAGAUGUCUACCCGUAUGCAUCGGCGGUUGCCCCCACGGGACCUGCACCAGCCCAAACUUCUGCAUAUGCGACCUGGGUUACAGGAAGGAAACGGGCGUGAAGGGUCGACAGAGAUGCGUUCCGGUUGAGAGAUGGGAAUUUUCUCAUUCUCCUAGCAGAACGAACCCAGAAAAGUUCGUUCAUUUGAAAACUACGUUUCAGUAUUACACCGACUACCGUACGGAAAGCGAAUGCUGUCCAGGGUAUAAAAAAACGCUGAGCGAUAUUUGCGAGCCCGUGUGCGAGCCCGAAUGCGUGAACGGCAAUUGCAUCGCGCCCAACGAAUGCUUAUGUUUCUUGUCGCACGACUUACACAAGGACAAUUUUUGCAAGCCAAGUUGCACUCUGUGCGAGCAUGGAAGAUGCAACAAACCGUUCGUCUGCGAGUGCGACGACGGGUACAAACUGACCUCGGACGAAGACACCUGCGAGCCGAUUUGCGAUACGAAUUGCGAAUCAUUGAAUGCCUACUGUUCGGCGCCCAACGAAUGUACGUGCCUCGACAAUUACAAGACGAUGGAUACCCACGAAACAGAGUUAAACAAAUGCUACCCGAUCUGCGAGCUCUCCUGCCUAAACGGAGAGUGCACUGCGCCGAACGUUUGCACUUGCUUCGACGGUUUCCAAAAGAAUUCGGACAGCAGCUUCCUCUGCGAUCCGAUAUGCGAGCCAGAGUGUCAAUUCGGCGUCUGCAUAGCGCCCAAUACCUGCGUGUGCUACACCGGUUACCAAUUGUCCUACGAAAAUAUUUGCGAGCCGAUUUGCAGCCAGCCCUGCGUGUAUAGCACUUGCAUCGCGCCCGAGACCUGUUCGUGCAACUUUGGCUACGGACUAACGGAGAAUUCCUUGUACGUCUGCGAGCCAGUCUGCGAGAAAGCUUGCGUGAACGGGACCUGCACAGCGCCAGGGACCUGCACUUGUCACCUUGGCUUCCGUUGGUACGGCGACGAAAGCAUGAAACACAUUUGCGAACCCGACUGCAGGGGCAUGUGUCUUUACGGGACGUGCGUUGCACCUGACACCUGCCAAUGCAUGGACGGAUACCAGCACAUCGGUAAAGAUAUGCAAGAAUCGGCAUCGCGGUACUUCAUGGGCUACUCUAGCUGCGAGCCGAUCUGUGAGGACGGCUGUGUAAAUGGAUACUGCAUGUCUCCCGGGAUGUGUGCCUGUCGUCCAGGUUACGAACUGGCGGGGAACAACCCAUCCCUCUGCGUGCCGCUCUGCACGAAGAACUGCAUCCACGGAUACUGCAACGAGCACAACCUGUGCACGUGCGACCCAGGCUACGAACUACAAGGGCACAUCAACGAAUGUACGCCUAUCUGCAACCCGCCCUGCCAGGACGGAGAGUGCAUCGGGCCGAAUCAGUGCGCCUGCGAUUUUGGUUACCAAGUCGUGGAGGAUAGCAAUAUCUGCGACCCGAUCUGCUACCCCCCGUGCGAGAACGGAUACUGCUUUGCAGCCUACGAGUGCUCAUGCAACGAUGGCUACAGACAUUCCCAGAAUCUUUGGUACAGGUGCGAUCCCGUUUGCGAAACAUUCUGCGGCGACUACGGUUUCUGCGCUGCUCCAAACACCUGCAAGUGCGCGGAGGGCUAUCGUUCCUCGGGAAACGGAACGGUACUGGUCUGCGAACCUAUUUGUCAACACGACUGCGAGAACGGCACAUGCGAGUCUCCAGGCGUAUGCGUUUGCAACCAGGGGUACGAGAAAGACGAGGAACAACGUUGCGUGCCCUUCUGCGCAUUCUGCGAGAACGGUACCUGUGUGGAACCCGAAAUGUGCAAGUGCGACGAAGGCUACGUCUCGGUUGAACGCGAAUCGGAAAACAGAACCGUCUGCGAGCCGUACUGCGAGAACUGUUUCAACGGAAGCUGCACGGCGCCUGGGGAAUGCCAGUGCGACGCUGGCUUCGCGAAAGAUAGCACCGAGAACGGAACAGCAGGAUGCGUCAUGGUCUGCGAAAACAAUUGUCACGGGCACGGAUUUUGCAUCGUCGAAAAUGCCACCUGCGAGUGCCAGUACGGAUGGAACGGACUGCAUUGCGAGGAACCGACGUUCUGCGUUCUGGUACUGGACCCUGAGACCCCACAGACGAACGUAACAACCGUCGUGGACUAUGUGAACGAGACCCUUGCUAGGGUGUUCGCGGGCAGUCCGUUGUGCUACCGCAAUUGUUUCGACGAGAUCGAUAACGAGACUUUGUGCUUCGACGGAUACAAGAACGACGGGGUAGUGAACGACACCGUCGCCUGUAUAAUGGGUGCGGAUUCAACUUGUCACUCGACCUUGUCUCAAACUACCAAGCCGCCGAAUUACAUUUACAUAGUUGUAAUAGCGAGUAUCGUCACGGUUAUAGCGGGAACCAUCGUAUUUUUGUUAAUACGAAAACAGAAGAAACGGGAAUAUAACAUCGGUAACGCAUCAACCGCGUCGACGCAAGACUCGUUGCUACCCGAAGAUGAACGUCUCUAGCGUUGCUAUGCUCGACGCAUAGCUUGGAAGCAGACUGUGAUAUCGAAAUUGAUGAAACACGAGAUGAAAAUUUCAACUCGUUUCACCGAUACUCUAUUUUUCAUUGGCCGUUUAAGAUAUUAAGCUUCAAUUUCAACUUGAACGUGGUUUGCCUCCGAGGAUCGUCGUUUAAUAAACUGUUCCUCGAAACGAAGUUGUCGUAGUGACCUUAAAUAAAUAAAGUAACAAAGUAGCUUUAACUGCAUUCUCGAUAAAUUUCUAUUAAAAGUAACGGGCCCCUGAGAUAUCGUGCAUCCGGUCUCGCUCGCGUUAUGCGACGCAGACGCUGGUGGUGGGAAAGAGAUAAACAGAACGAUGUACAAUUGUCGAUGUACUCGUUUCAGUUCGUGUUUCGCAGGGCGAACGACGUCUUCUUUGCGCAAAUAAACGCAAGGGAAAACGUUCUUGUCAUUCUUACGGCACUUUUCAAUUUAUUAACACUUUGCACUCGAGACCUUUUUUCUGAUAUCUAUCAGCAACUCGAGAUGCUUUCUUAGCAUUCUGUUGUCACGAAUUACGUUGUUCUGUUGUCACUUAAUUUGAGAUUUGAGAAUCAGGUCACUUUUGCCUCAACGACAAUCAUGUUAUUGACAUUUCGACUUUCAAAGAAAUUAAACCUAAGGAAAACCUAGUGGCGUCUGAGGG